AUGGCGCCACGGCCAACGCCACCGAGGUACAGGGAUGAGCCGAUCCAUAGUCUUGACCAGCGUCCUCCUACACGUGUGGGACCACGCAACCAACGUUGGCACCGAGAUGAUUCAAGGGACCGUCAAGCCCCAAGGCACAUGGGGCUUAUGGAACGGUCAGCAUCACGCGGUCGCCAUACCGCUCGAAGAUACAGGGAUCAUGACGGGGAACAACGAGGCUACGUAGGUGUACUUGAUCGCAGCCCUAGCCCCAAAAAUACGUUCGACGCGACACAACUGCGUGCACUCCUGCAUGAAAGCGUUGAAUGUAAGCACGAGCUUCCUCCUAACAUUUUGUUCACAACCGACAAAACCGUUCAGGAAGCUGCUCACAACAAACAAAGCGAUGAUGCAUCAAGCCCACCAGAAGCGCAUUGA